GAGGAGGAGGGUCUAUAAGUCUACAACUGGAGAUCACAGUCUCACUUAGCAUCAAGACAGGAUGAAACUCACACUGCUCUGCUGGCAGCUCUUGCUGUUGAGUACACUGGUAUACUGUAGCCUCGGACAAGGUGGAGAUUUCUCUCUUCCAGCCUCUCUGAUUGUCAGCCCUGACAGAUCUCAGUUCUUUGAAUAUGAGUCUGUCUCUCUGAGCUGUGAGGUUCAGGGGAACUCUGCUGGAUGGAGAGUGGUGAGGAACACAUUGAGAGGAUAUCUUUCAGAGUGUAAUACUGACUGGGGAAAACAACAAGGGUCUUCAUGCAUCGUGUAUCUAAUACCAUCAGACAGUGGAGUGUACUGGUGUGAGUCUGGAUCUGGAGAACACAGCAAUGCUGUCAAGAUCACAGUACAUGCAUUUCUGAGUGUCAGUCCUGACAGAUCUCAGUUCUUUAAAUAUGAGUCUGUCUCUCUGAGCUGUGAGGUUCAGGGGAACUCUGCUGGAUGGAUACUGAAGAGAUACACAGUCUCUGGGGAGCGUUCAGAUUGUGGAGGAAACUGGGGAAAGCAACAAGGGUCUUCAUGCAACGUGUCACUAACACCAUCACACAGUGGAAAGUACUGGUGUGAGUCUGGGUCUGGAGAACACAGCAAUGCUGUCAACAUCACAGUACAUGCUGGAGCUGUGAUCCUGGAGAGACCUGUUUAUAUAUUAUAUACAGCUGGAGCUGUGAUCCUGGAGAGCCCUGCCCUUCCUGUCACUGAGGGAGAUUCUGUGACUCUGCGCUGCAGACAUCAGGGAACUCCCUCUGACCUCACAGCUGUUUUCUACAAAGAUGGAUCCCUCAUCAGGGCUGAGUCUUCAGGAGAGAUGACCAUCCCUGCAGUAUCCAAGUCAGAUGAAGGAUUCUACAAGUGUUCCAGCUCGAAAGGAGAAUCACCAGAGAGCUGGAUGACUGUGACAGAUGCAGGUCCAUCUCCCAUUCCAUCUCCAUCAGUCCCAGUGUUGUCCAUGUCUCUACCCAGGCUGCUGUGUAGUCUACUGGUGGGGUCUCCCUACCUGCUGGUGACCAUCAUACUGCUGGUGAAAGGCUGCAGGAGCAGGACUCAAGGUGAUCGUGUUGAAGAAGAGUGAGGAUGAGAACACCUGAUCACCAUAACAACCAUCAGAAUGGAACUCAUGGAAUUCUAAUAUAGAACUGUGAGUCACAAUGCUGUAUGUUGUUACAUUGUAGCUCCACCUGCUGGAACAAUAGUGGCAUUUGAUCAAAUGUGAUCUAUUAACUGAUACAUGUAUUAUUCUGAUUGGAAUGUGUUUUAAUAUAAUGUGUGUUGUAUUAUUCAUUCAGCAGCUGUCCUUUAACAUCAGUCAUAUACUGGUCAUAUACUGUAUAGCAUUAUGGUUGAUACAUUGUAAAUGCCUUCACUUUUCAUGUCUAUACAGAUCAACUGUGAGGCUUAGUGAGGCUUUAUUAGUCAGCCGGCCCGCCUGGUUCUUUGUGCGGGAUUAUUGUAACCCUGGUGUUUGCUAUAGAUGUACGUGUUCGUGUAUGCUAGACUGUUUUCAUUCCCUGUGUCUGGGGCAUUUGGUUUAAGAACCCGAAAGUGGGGUGGUGUGUGUGCAUUAAAGGAGCACUUUAUUGAACUCUCUGCUUUCACCCUCACGACACCCAGGACCUUACACUUGUUUUGUGCAAAACCAUUAUUUUAAAAUUAAUGAUCUAGGUAAGAUUUUGCUUUUGUCUUCGUAGAAUUAUGUAGAAUUAUGUAUGUAUGUAGAAUUAAAUAAAUUACUUUCCUCAA